GUCACAUCCGGUUUGCCUGGCGGUGCAACAGCAGAGCUGUUGCUGUGUGACAAGGGGAGAUACAUGUGUACUGUUUAAUAAUAGACUGAUCUGAAUACAAAAAUGUUUUUUUUUUUUAGCACUGAGUUUGAUACAUUGCACACAUGCAGGGAUACAUUGAUUGCCACUGUCACAUUUCUGCUGCAGAGUUUGACAACGACAUCGAUGUUGUCGUUGAGAAUUCUAAGAAAGCGGGGAUUGUAGCACUUCUGGCUGUAGCAGAACAUGCAGGAGAGUUUGAGAAAAUCAUGGAGCUGUCCCAGAGGUUUUCUGGCUUCAUCCUGCCCUGCCUUGGAGUCCAUCCCGUCCAGGCAGUGGAUGAGACACAGCAGAGGGGGGCUGUCCUUGAGGAUCUUAAUGCAGCUCUGCCCCAGAUUGAGAAAUACAAAGACAACCUUGUGGCUAUUGGAGAGGUAGGACUGGAUUUCACUCCGAGGUUUGUAAGCUCUGAUGACGGAAAGGAUCAGCAAAGACAGGUGCUUAUUCGUCAGGUGGAGAUCGCCAAACGACUGGGCCUUCCCCUAAAUGUCCAUUCAAGAUCUGCUGGCCGCCCCACAAUCCAACUUCUAAAAGAGCAAGGAGCAGAGAAUGUUUUGCUUCAUGCAUUUGAUGGAAAGCCAUCAGUUGCAAUGGAGGGUGUAAAGGCUGGUUAUUUCUUUUCCAUACCUCCUUCCAUCAUAAGAAGUGAACAGAAGCAAAAACUAGUGAAACAGCUACCAUUAGAGAACAUGUGCUUGGAGACAGAUUCUCCUGCCCUGGGCCCAGAGAAGCAGGUGAGAAAUGAACCAAAGAACAUCUCCAUAUGUGCAGAGUACAUUGCCAAGAUCAAAGGUGUUCCUUUGGAGAGGGUGAUGGAGGUGACUACGCAGAAUGCUCUUCGUCUCUUUCCCAGACUGAAGACAUUCUUGACCAUGUGAAUGAUUAGCUUCACAUCACUGAACGUUUGAACCAUGUCCUCAAAGUGUUCCAAUGGUUCUGCUGGCUGCUUGAUGGUUAUCAGUGGUAAAGCGACAUGCAUUACAUUCAUUUUUUAUUCAGAGCUUGUAAAAUGUUAUCAACUAUAUUGAUGGUCUUAAAGAGAAAAAAAAACAAAGUGCAUAUAAUGCCCAGGUUUAUUUGGAAACAGCAUGUUUUUGGCAUGCUCUCAGAAUCAUCGCAGAAGCUAUUUAAUUUCAACCAAAACACAUAAUGCACAUAUUGGUAAACCACAUAUUGGUAAAUAUAUACCUUGGGUCAUAUCCAUAAUUUACAUUUAUGGUGAUAUAAAACCAAAAUAAGUUUCAUCACCAUCACCUUGGUCAAUUAACAGUUUAGAAAAAGAUUCAGAAGGUAUCACUUUUCCAGUGGUCUGGUUAAUUUUCACAAACCCAUUUCAACAAACCCUGUGGACCUAUCAAAGCCAUACAGUUGAGACCCCGGCACUUUCACCAUUUGACAUUCUCAGCUGUCUGAUACAUAUUGCAUACUUUGUUGGGAAUACUGGAUACAUUCAAAAGCUGCAGUAAAUAAUGUACAUACUAUAUGCACAGUUAUUUAUACACCACAUUACCACCAGAUUUGUGAAUGGUAAUUUUCGAAUAAAUGUGUUGAACAAUG